CCUGGAGGCAAGACCCUUGAGGAGAGACGUUCUAGCCUGGAUGCCGAGAUAGACUCUCUGACCAGUAUCUUGGCCGACCUUGAGUGCAGCUCUCCCUACAAGCCUCGACCCCCACAGGGCCCUGCUAGUUCGACAGCCUCUCCUCCAGCCUCCACCCCUGUCACAGGACACAAAAGAAUGGUUAUACCAAACCAACCCCCUCUAACAGCAACCAAAAAGUCUACAUUGAAACCACAGCCUGCACCCCAGGCUGGACCCAUCCCCGUGGCACCAAUCGGAACACUAAAACCCCAGCCUCCACCGGUCCCCGCCUCCUAUACGACAGCAUCCACCCCUUCCAGGCCUACCUUCAAUGUGCAAGUCAAGUCAGCCCAGCCCAGCUCUCUUUACAUGGCUUCUCCUUCAUCGGGACAAUUUUAUGGCCCAGGCCCGGGACCCCAGGGCUAUAACGCUCCACCAGUUUCUAUCUCUGGGCAGUGCCCACCUCCUUCAACACGGGGGGGCAUGGAUUAUGCAUAUAUUCCACCGCUAGGACUUCAGCCUGAGUCUGGGUAUGGGUAUGCCCCCAACCAAGGACGUUACUAUGAAGCCUAUUGCCCCACAGGGCCUGGCUAUGGGGGCAAGAAUGACUCUGAUCCGGCUUAUGGUCAACAAGGUCACCCAAAUACCUGGAAGCGGGAACAAGGGUAUACUCCUUCUGGAACAGGAAACCAGAACCCGACUGGGAUGUAUCCAGUUGCUGGUCCCAAGAAGACCUAUAUCACAGAUCCUGUUUCAGCACCGUGCGCACCACCACUGCAACAAAAGGGUGGACAAACAGGUUCCAUGGGGCCUCCAGCUGUCCCCAGCUCAUUCCGCCCUGAAGAUGAGCUCGAACACCUGACCAAGAAGAUGCUGUAUGAUAUGGAAAAUCCACCUGCUGAUGAAUACUUUGGCCGCUGUGCUCGCUGUGGGGAGAAUGUCGUUGGGGAAGGGACAGGAUGCACUGCCAUGGAUCAGGUCUUCCACGUGGACUGUUUUACCUGCAUCAUCUGCAACAACAAGCUCCGGGGACAGCCCUUCUAUGCAGUAGAGAAGAAAGCUUACUGUGAGCCCUGCUACAUUAAUACCCUGGAGCAGUGCAGUGUGUGCUCCAAGCCCAUCAUGGAGCGGAUUCUGCGAGCCACCGGGAAGGCCUAUCAUCCUCACUGCUUUACCUGUGUGAUGUGCCACCGCAGCCUUGAUGGGAUCCCAUUCACCGUGGACGCUGGUGGUCUCAUUCACUGCAUUGAGGACUUCCACAAGAAAUUUGCCCCUCGAUGUUCUGUGUGCAAGGAGCCUAUCAUGCCAGCCCCAGGCCAGGAGGAGACUGUCCGGAUUGUGGCUCUGGAUCGCGAUUUCCAUGUUCAUUGCUACCGCUGUGAGGAUUGUGGUGGUCUCCUGUCCGAAGGGGAUAACCAAGGCUGCUACCCUCUGGACGGACACAUCCUCUGCAAGACCUGCAACUCUGCCCGCAUCAGGGUGCUCACCGCCACGGCCAGCACCGACCUUUAAGUUCAGUCGCCUGCUUGGCUGCUUAGUCGGCGGUGCUGAGAAGAGGAAACACAAGAAAAAGAUAAGAAAAGAAAUGGGAAAAUACAGGAAAGGCAAUCAAGCCGUG